AUGAAAUUCAUCUGGGGGUCUGUCGUCUUGGUAGUUGGCAUGGUCUCAACUACAGGUGCCCAAGCACGCAACAUGACGGCGAAUUUGGAUAUUUUGUCAUAUAAUGACGUCUACGAGAUGUUGCAGGAUACCGUUGAUGGACUAAAGCUCGGUGGUCCCUCUCGGGUGGUUCUUGUUGCCAAAGCCAUGCGUGAAAGGAACCGCAAUAGCCUUGUGCUGUUUGCCGGUGACACUGUAUCCCCAUCGCUUUGGUCGACACGGUUCAAUGGCCAGCACAUGGUGAAAGCGCACAAUGCUAUUGGGCUCGACUAUGCGUCACUGGGCAACCACGAGUUUGAUUUUGGACUUGAAAACUUCAUGAACGUGACAUUGGCCUCGAAUUUUCCAUGGUUGAACGCCAACUGCUACGAAAUUGCCAACCGCAAGCUGCUACGUGGCACGGUGCCUCAUGCUAUCAAGAACUUGAGGAACUGCACGAACGGAAACAUUUCUGUUGGCCUCUUUGGUGUCAUGUACGACAUGAAUGACACUAGCAAGGGUCUGUACUGGGAAGAUCCGAUUCAGGCUGCCCGGGAGCAGGUGGCUGCCCUCCAGGCUCAGAACGUCGACUUUAUUAUUGCUUUGACCCAUCAACUCUUGGCUGACGACAACCGACUAUCGAAGGAAGUGUCUGGCAUUGACUUUAUAAUUGGUGGUCAUGACCACACGUCGAUGCUACAGACCAAUUACGGCACGCCGUACAUCAAAGCCGACUUUGAUUUCCGUUCAAUCUGGAAGACGCAUAUUGAGUACUACGCCGCUGACAAGUCGAACGACCGCAAGGCUCUCAUGACUCACCAGGCUAUUUCAAUUGUCGAGAGCAUGCCAACUGAUAGCAACCUGGAUGCUGUCAUUGCCACGUACCAGGCACAGAUGGAUGCUCUGGCAAAGCAGAUCAUUGGCAGUUUGUGCGAGGAUCUGGACCUCAGACAAAGUGUGGUCCGCACUCAGGACAGUAAGAUCGGUCACCUCUUUGCUGAUGCAAGUCUGCAGUACUACGGAAAUGGCUCGGCUGAUAUUGCAGUUAUGAACGGUGGUGGAAUUCGUGGCGAUAAGAUUGUCGCUACCGGCAGUCUGUCGCUAGGCGAGGUCUUGUCAUGGUCGCCGUUGGGCAAUACGCUAAUGACCGUUGAGACUAAUGGUGCUUCGCUCAAACUCUACCUAAACCGUCAAAUGGCCCGCAACUGUGGUGACAAUAUCAUCCAACAGAACGGAUUCUACGUGCACCCGUCAGGCUUCAAUUAUACUUACACGUGCACUGGCAUCGGUAUUGGCACCGUCUCGAGUUUGGUAUGGCUCAACCACCCGACCAACAUAGGCGAGAUCAAAGAUACGGACGAGUUUGUUAUGGCACUAAGCAAUUACUUGUACACGACUGAAUUUGCUGUUAUUGACGGCGUUACUGCUACUGUAAAGGUUAGCGAGGCAGAGGCUGAGCGUGUGGACUUGGCUCUUGAAGCCUAUGUAACGAAUGCCAACGGCGGUACCGUGUGUCUCCCGAACGAAAAGCGCUCGUCAGUCUCAUUCUGA